AUGUGUAAGGCUUACUCCAUCAAUAAUGAUUUUGACGAAGAUAACUCCCUCGAUACAAGUGACGAAUUUAUCAAGCGAGUACUCCAGGCAUAUGAAGAAAAGCGUGGUACUAAAAAAACUGGUAAAAAAACUCCUGCAAGUUGUGUUAAUCCUCUUACUUGUGGUGGUACGACUGGUCUUAAGUGUGUUUGUCCUAACACUUAUUGUCGUGAUGGUGGUCGUACUGGUCGUUAUUGUGCGUCAAGUUAUUGGUAA